UUCACCCUCCUCUGGGUGUGAUAUGUAAAGAAAACACAGAUGUGGUUUAUUAGAAGGCGAUAUUAACUGUUCACUCCACAGAUACAGACUCAGAGAGAGAGACUUUUAUGUUGUCUUUUUAAUCUACAUCAUUCCUCAUCUAAACAUGGAGAAAGGGGUCAACAGGAGAGGACAUGAAGAACAUGUUGUUGAAAAACAGCACUUGAAGCUGAAUGAUUUAAAAGAGGAAGCUAAAGCUGCAGGUUUGGUAAACAAAUGUCUCUCCAAAGACAACAUCCCAGAAUACCCUCACCCAGAGUUUGUCGUAUCUCAUGUGAAACACGACACAAAGGGAACGGGAUUGCGUGGCAUCAGUGAGGAUAACGGCUUCAAGGCCCCCUUCAAGGACCAGUCCUCUGGGUUGGGUCUGCUGUGGUGGAGUCUGUCUGUGGGACCUGAUGAGAUAAAGUCAGCUGAGAGGAGACUCCUGGAGAAAACCUACCCAGAUCAGAUGGAGGAGCAGCUCCAGAUGCAGCAGGGAUUCCUGGAGAAGUUCACCACCUCUCCAGCCUUCCUGAAGACCUCCAGGCUGGGCUCGUACCGCUUCACCUUCCCCCUGGAGGAACUGCUGGAGGCCUACAGAGAACAGUUUUGCUCCGGUGCUCCUCCCGUCAUGCGGGUGUUUAAGACCGUCCUGUACAGACAGACAGUGAAUUACGUUGUGCUGGUCCACAGUCCAGAUCAGGACCAGUUCUCUGACUAUCCUCUGCUGACUGACAACCCAGACACUGUCUGCACUUACAGAGAUGGCUGCUUCAUCUGGAGGCCUGAGGCCAUGAGUGAGACACACGGAUAUGAGUUUGUCAAGGGUCAGAUGGAAGCCCAGGAGCUGAGUCGUAGACAUGAGUUCGAUGUUUGGGAUAAUGUCUCCAUCACCUUGCAUGUGCCGAAUAAACAGGUGCUGCACUUUGAUGCCGGCCGACUGAGAGAGAACCUCAAGUUCUGCAGGGCAGAAAAACCUGGACUUAUACGUGGUGUCACAUUUGAAAACUUCCAAACAGCUGAAAAGCUUGUUAAUGAAUUUUGGCCUAAAUAUCCCUCACCACUGGAGAAAGAUGAAUAGCUAAAUUAAGUGUCAACAGUGUCACCAUCUGAUAGUUUUUCACUAUUAAAGUGUCUUCCCUGAA